CAAUCAGCAAACGAAAGAACGCUUGCAACGCAAGCGCAAAACCUUGCAAUCGAUGCCGACGCGUCUCCCUUAUCUAGUCUUAAACGGGACUUGUCAUUGCGAACAUGACAAGUGCAUUUCGCAAAGAAUCCGCUAUAUCGCAGAACUUUAACUAUCGGGAAGAUAUUCAAUACGUUUUUAAAUUGAAUAAUUGGAUCCUAGGUUCGCUCGGUAUUUGGCCAAUAGCGACUCGGGGAAUCAGACAACAUGCAUCUAAGAUCGCGAUCACGCUCUGUAAUCUUGCACUAGCUUUCGCGAUAGUGCCCUGUGCCUUGCAUAUCAUUUAUGACGAAAAAGAUAUUAUUAUGAGGCUUAAACUAUUUGGUUUACUGGCAUUUUGUCUUACUGCUAUGACAAAAUAUUGUAUUCUCGCGAUACGUCGGCCUAAAAUACUGCGCUGCAUCGAAUACGUGAAAAGCGAUUGGUGGAAAGUGACAUUUAAAACAGAUCAUACAAUAAUGCUGAAAUAUGCUACCACUGGUCGCAAUUUAACGAUAAUCGGCGCAUCUUUCAUGUAUACUGCCGGCAUCAUAUAUCACAUAAUUCUGCCAUUCUGUUCGGAGCAUAAAGUUAACAAUCAAACUGUCAGACCACUUGUGUAUCCGACUUAUAGUAAAUUUCGCCAGUCUCAAAUUAGCCCGAUAUAUGAAAUUGUGUAUGUAGCUCAUUGCAUGUGCGGAUACACGAUAUAUUCGGUAACAGCUGGUGCAUGCGGAUUAGCUGCCCUAUUUGCCACUCAUGCAUGUGGACAAAUCCAAAUAAUCAUAUCGCGAUUGGAAAAUCUUUUAGAAGGUGAAAACUUCAAGCAAAGCCCGAAUGUUCAUCAACGAAUUGCUGCCAUCGUGAAGAAUCAUGUUCGAGUAGUAAGGUUUGCGGCUGUUGUAGAAGAAGUUUUACAAGAAGUAUGUUUGGUGGAAUUCUCUAGUUCCGUAUGCACGAUAUGUCUGCUCGAAUAUUAUUGUAUAUUGGAUUGGCAAGAAGAUGAUAGAAUUGGUUUAGCAACUUAUUCUUUGCUCCUUGUUUCAUUCUGUUUCAAUGUAUAUAUAUUAUGCUAUAUCGGUGAGCUGCUUAUGGAAAAGAGCAGUCAAAUUGGACAUAUAUGCUACAUGAUUAAUUGGUAUCAAAUAUCGCCAAAAUUCGCUCGUAGCCUUAUAUUGAUAAUCGCUAUGGCCAGCCAUCCUAUUAAAAUCAGUGCUGGUAGAAUAGUAGAUCUGUCAUUAUUGACUUUUGUAAAUAUAUUGAAAACUACACUGGCAUAUCUCAGUUUCCUACGAACGUUAGUAAUGUAGACAUAAUUAAAAUUAUGAAAUAUGAAUACACAGCGAUCUAAUGCAGUGAUAUACUAUGAUUAGCAGGGCGGUCCAUCUCAUACAAUAUUCAAAGCAACUUGUCAUCAUGAACAUAUCAAAUAUGCAAAUAUGAUUAUUAUUCGAAAUUUUACUUAUCAUUGAGAUAAUCAACAUGUUUUCAGACUAAAUAAUUGGAUUCUAUGCACAAUAAGCUAGUCGUGACAUCAGAUAUAUGUAAGUUAGUCGUCGCAUCAGAUGAUAUACGUAAAAUCACAAUUGCGUUUUGUGUUUAAUU